CUUGAAGACAUCAGUUACUCGAGUUCAGAGUAAAUGGAAAGAUCAAGUGAGCAAAAAGUCAGUGGUCUUAGAAGCAAAUUAAAUUUUGAUAAAAAACUUUGGAGAAACAUAUGAAAGUAAAAGCGAAUUGAAUUGACUAAAAUUUGUGAUAAAAAAUUGUGAUUUCUCUGUUAAAUAAAAUUCUACAUUAAAUACAUUCUUAACAAACAACAAAAAUGCCUGAGAUUAUUGAACAACCCAAACAAGUACCUCUUGGCAACUGCCCGGUGCCGCAACAGAACAAGAACCAGCAAACCAAUUGUGGUCUAUAUAGUCACAUACGUGGCACCAAUGUUUCCUACGGCAAUGUGUCCAAUUUGACACCGUCAGUCAAAGCCUUCGUUGAGGACUCGGUUGCUCUGUGCCAACCCGAUCAAGUGCAUAUUUGUGAUGGAUCCGAUAUUGAAAACAAAAUAUUGCUGAAAUUGAUGUUGGAAGAUGGCACCAUUAUACCUCUGCCCAAAUACGAGAAUUGCUGGUUAGCUCGCACGAAUUCUGCUGAUGUUGCGCGUGUGGAAUCCCGCACCUUUAUUUGCACCGAGCAAAAGGAGGAAACCAUUCCUACACCAAAGGAAGGUGUAAAGGGCACACUGGGUAAUUGGAUUUCUCCAGCUGGUUUCGAUGAGGCAAUUCAAGAGCGUUUCCCUGGCUGCAUGAAAGGUCGUACCAUGUAUGUUGUUCCAUUUAGUAUGGGUCCAUUGGGUUCGCCGCUUUCAAAAAUCGGAAUUGAAGUCACCGACUCACCAUAUGUCGUUGCCUCUAUGCGCAUUAUGGCCCGUAUGGGUGCACCAGUUCUAGAGCAAUUGAGAAAGCAAGAGGAAUUCGUGCGUGCCUUGCAUUCUGUUGGUAAGCCAUCCAAUGGAAUUGUUGAACAGCCCUCAUGGCCGUGUGAUCCAGAGCGUACAAUUAUCUUGCACAAACCGGCGGAGAAUUUGAUAGUUUCUUACGGUUCCGGUUAUGGUGGAAAUUCUCUUCUUGGUAAGAAAUGCUUUGCUUUGCGAAUUGGUAGCACCAUUGCGAAGCGUGAAGGUUGGCUGGCAGAACAUAUGCUUAUUUUGGGCAUAACUGACCCAAAAGGUGAGAAGAAAUACAUUACAGCGGCGUUCCCUUCAGCUUGUGGUAAAACUAACUUGGCCAUGUUGAAUCCAUCUCUUGCCGGUUACAAAGUGGAGUGCGUCGGUGACGAUAUCGCUUGGAUGAAAUUCGAUAGUGAAGGUGUUUUACGUGCUAUUAACCCUGAAAAUGGUUUCUUUGGUGUUGCACCCGGUACCUCUGUAGAAACCAAUCCAAUCGCAAUGGCUACGAUAUUCAAAAAUACGAUUUUCACAAAUGUGGCAUAUACCUCAGAUGGUGGUGUUUACUGGGAAGGUAUGGAGAGUAGUUUGGCACCAGGUGUACAAAUAACUGACUGGCUUGGUAAACCUUGGAACAAAGACUCGGGAAAACCAGCCGCACAUCCUAAUUCUCGUUUCUGUACACCCGCUGGACAAUGUCCCAUUAUUGAUUCACAUUGGGAAGAUCCACAAGGUGUUCCAAUCAGUGCAGUCUUGUUUGGCGGCCGACGACCAGCAGGAGUACCACUAAUAUACGAGUCACGCAACUGGGCUCAUGGUGUGUUUGUUGGUGCAGCAAUGCGCAGUGAAUCAACUGCUGCCGCAGAGCACAAGGGCAAAGUCAUAAUGCACGAUCCCUUCGCCAUGCGUCCGUUCUUUGGUUACAAUUUUGGCCACUACGUUCAACAUUGGUUGAGUAUGGAGAAGCGUGGAAAUGUUCCAAAAAUUUUCCAUGUCAACUGGUUCCGCAAAGGGUCGAACGGAAAAUUCAUUUGGCCAGGAUAUGGUGAGAACUCACGAGUCUUGGAGUGGAUUUUGCGUCGUUGUAGUGGAGAGCAAUGCUUCACUGACGCUGCCAUCGGUAGAAUACCAGCCGAAGUGGAUCUGAAUUUGGAAAAUAUGAAGGUCAACAUCGAUUACACAGAACUAUUCUCUUUGCCAAAAGACUUCUGGUUGGAAGAGGUAGCGGAAAUUCGUAACUACUUUGAGGCGCAAGUAGGAUCCGACUUGCCCGCAGAGAUUUAUAACGAACUAAACCAAUUGCAAGGGCGCAUUGAGAAAAUCUAAACUGCAUUGAUCAUUUAGAAUUUAUAAAAUUAAACUAUAAAGAGAUUUUAACUUUAUAUAUAUUUCUUAUAUACAUAUACACAUAUUUAACGAUGCAUAGGAAUAAGAUUAUUUUGUAAAUAUUUGUCACAUAUAAUAUUAAGUUUAUUGAUAUUAAGAUUGAAAAAAUAUAUAAAGCAUGUGCCAUAUAAUGCAUUUAUAAUAUAUCAAAAGAACUCUAUAAUUAUUUAAACGUUCUUACUUUAGAAUCAUCAAGAUCGGUUGUUGUUGGCUUCCAGUUUGAAAAACUAUAUAAUUAAUUGAUCGAGAAAUAUCCCGAUGUUGGACGAACAACUCUGAAGCAAGAAAUAAGGACAUAAUGAACCGAUAUGGCCUUCUACUAAAUUUAUUUUUUAAAAAAGUAAAGCAAAAUAUUAAUUGUGAAGAAUUUUGCUCCUCUUCAGUCACUUCGCUCAAAUAUGUUUUUACAUAGUAUAUAAAACCUCUUUCGCAGUCUACAGUUCAAUUUUCCUAACUUCAAUUCCACUGAGUCUGGUUAUAAACGGCAAUUGGGUUAUAAAAACACUUCUUUCUGAUAUAAAAACUGUCAAACGCUGAUCUCAUGAAUCUCAAACAAUUCGGAACACGUAUCCGUAAUUGUAAUUGUAAAUGUAUUUACGGGACAUUGUUUGUUUUGUGGUCAUCACGUACACCUACUUCUCAUAAGAUACCAUUUCAAAUUUCACCAUAUCCGUUCACUUUAGAAUAGAUAAAUCAAGUCAAUAUUUGAGCACAGAGAAAAGCCCAUAAGAAACAGCCAUAUGGGAAGAGAACCGAGGUCAGACCAAAGGAAAGAUGUGUCGAAAAUAUCAAAUAAAUAAACGUGCAAAACUGGUGGCGCUUAGUAACGAAUCGGGAAAUAGAAAGAUAGUUGCAAAAGUUGAAUUGUCUUGCAAAGAAAGGAUAAGUUCUGACGUGAACAAUACUUCAGUGAGGGAAUCCUGCAUCAACCGGAACAAAUAGUAGUUAGUCCUAUAAGGCGGGUGAGACAACACUUCCCAGACGAUGUUUUCCAAAUAGUUUUUAACCGAUUUCAUGAUAGAAAAGUAUUGUCUCGUAUUUAGUCGCCGAACAUGGGGUUUGUCGACAAAUGGUCGUUUCAAUUAGAUGAGUUGUUGUCGGUAGCGUUUAAGGGGACAAGGGGAAAACUCAUACAGCAUGCACUUCUGAUUCCACCAAAUACAUAGCAUUGGCGUUGUGGAUAUUCGAUUUUGCCGUGGAUUUGGCUGGUAGGUCAGAUUACUUUAUUGAUUUUUUGAGUUUAGGGUUGUCGUAAUGAAUCUGUUCUUAUCACCAGUUACAAUUUGAUGCAAAUAGACUUCUUAUUGAACUUGACUUCUUUCGUAUCUUGGCUUCAAUAUAUGUAUGGCACCUAAUUUUUUUGAUUGUAAAACUUGAAACGUUUUAAAAUGGCUGCUCGAGUGAUGGUGACCAACGCGAACUGUUCUUGUGUUUGGCAACAAUUUUAUUCGAGUAAUGAUUCCAUUUCCACACCUUCAAAACUUUUGACCACCAGGUUGUACUCCGUCUUCUAAGCCAAAAUCACCACUUUUUAAUACUACAAAUCACUUUUGACACGCUCGCUAAGCAUGCUCCAACUGAGCUCUACCAUAAAUUUCCAACAAAAUAGAUGACUUUGGGCUUGAGCCCUUUUUCAGGCUCGAUGUCCGACAUAUUUGAAUUAAAAACAAAUAUUGUUGUUUACGCUUCAAAUUAGUGAUAUAUAUUUCUAUAUUUACAAACGAGUUACGUCAUCUCUUGGCAAACCGCAGUUUAGUUGUAGAUUAAUGAUAAUAUAGGUCGGACUCGGACUAUCACGACCGCAUAGCUUGUUAUUCCGCCUAUAAAAAUUAACAUUCGGAAAACUAUAACUUUUAGCGACAGAGCAAAUACAACAUUUUAGUUUCAACGGUCGUUGGUCUGUCGGAGUGUGUUUCUACUGAAAUUGCUGUCUAGCGAAAAUUUUAAUUACACUGUCCAACAGCAUUUUUGGAACAGAAUAGCGACCCUAUAAUUCAGAAAGGGUAUGUUGAGUAGAUCAUUUUUGUAGAACAAACUUAUGGUCCAGCACGUCUGAGUUUUUUUUUUACAGUGGGUCAAAGUUUUCAUUUUUUGAUCGAAGGGAGCAUUAUACUAUAUGAAAAAAAUGUUGUAAGUUAAUGUCUGAGAGAAUUCUUAUGGUCAGAGUUGUAUUAUGGAAUUGUAUGAGGAUUAUUUUUGUGGAAGAUCUUAACCCUCUAGCUGGUUUCUUUAUGGGUCAAUUUGACCGUUUUGUCGAGAAAAUCAAAAAAUAUCCUUUAAAAAAGGACAUUUAAGGAUUAAAUUAUUCUACGAAAAUGUUUGGCGGAAAAUUUCAGUGGGGGUCACCAAAGACAUCAUUGUUGUAAAUAAAGCUCUUUACGAUUGAUAAAAAAAUUAAAAUUUUGUUUUAAUAGUGGUUUAUUAUAGUAUGUAUAUAUUUUUUUUGCUUCAGCAGUGGUAGGACAAUGGAUUAAAGAUUGAACUUAAUAUGCUUUCCUGUAUUUAGCUUGACGUGAAUGUUUCGAUGGGUCAAGGUUUCUGUACAAGCCCCAUACGUAUUCAGCAAGCAUUACAGUUUGGGAUUUCCCUUUGAAUCUUUCUUCCAUUACCUUUAUAUCCUGAUGAAACCUUUCACUGUGUUCAUCUGAAACCGCUCCAAGGUUUUCUUUAAAAAAAUUCAGAUGAGAGUGCAGAAAAUGCAGCUUUAGUGACAUCUUAACGCCAAUAUUGUUAAAACCGAUUAGCAUGCUUUCAAUAUUUUCUGCAUAGUUUUGUGCUUUUGAGUUUCCAAGGAAUUCUGAUAUAACCGCAUAAAGUCAAAUGCUUAAUAUGCACCCGAUUUGUAAGUCACAGCUGACUAGACGCGAGAACUCAGUGUUUGGCCCGGCCGAACUUGACGACGUUUUCACCUACUUUGUAUAUGUUGGCAUGUAAUUUUGCCAAUUAAUCGUAAAGAGCUUUAUUUACAACAAUGGUGUCUUUGGUGACCCCCACUGAAAUUUUCCGCCAAACAUUUUCGUAGAAUAUUUUAAUCCUUAAAUGUCCUUUUUUAAAGGAUAUUUUUUGA